AUGGACGCACCCCCCCAGCCGCUUACUAACGGCACCGGUGUGCGCCCGGCCGACCCCCCCGACGACGAUGGCUCUCCGCCGCCCGACGACCUGCCGGCCUGUCUGUCUUGCCGGAAACGCAAGUCGCGAUGUUCACGCGAGACGCCCAGCUGUGCGCAAUGCAUUCGACUAGGCUGUGAAUGUCUCUACGUCUCCAAACAGAAGCCUGGACUCAAGGCCGGUGUCGUCGACACGUUGAGCCGGCGGUUGGACUCCCAGCUCACAUUGACAGAAUUCCUUGAGAAGCUCUUCCUGGACAGCACCGGCAACAAAAAGCCGCACUUGGCCUUUCUCGACCUCGACAUCGGCCAGCUGCCGUCGCCCUUUACGCCGGGACUCGCCGGCGCCGGUGGCCCCUCUUCUGGUCAUGCCAGGUUGAGUGCAUACGCACAUGCAGGCGGUGUGUCGGGCGGUGCAGGAGCCAAUGGCAAUGGCAACAGCAGUGCCUCUUCGCCCGAGUCGUCGGCCAGUAACCACAGACGGCCACGGCAGCGGUCCGGCGUGGCACAGUCGCGCAAGCGCCGUCGUCUCGAUCAGAACGGGAGCGGCGGUGACGACGCGGAUAGCGAUGAUGACGAUGACGACGAUGACAACCACCAGGGUGCGAGCCACGCUGGCCAUGGCCGCCCGCAAUACCUCUUCCUCGACGACCCGCCAUACCACCACCGUAGGCACGGCCGGAGGAACGGCGACCACGACAUCUCCGACGACGACGAUUCCAAUGCCUCCUCAUCCUCGCUUGACCACGCUUGGAUCCCACCUCUACCUGCCCUUCCUCUACUCAAAGCCAUUGUCGAGGCUCAUUUUCAGACCGUCCACCACUGGGUCCCCAUCCUCCACCCGACGCGCUUUCGCGCUCUCCUCGACAACCCCCGCGAACGCCGCCGCCGCGCCGUCUUGAUCCAUGCCAUCAUUGCCAUGUCCAUCAAGUACGUCGACUUUGGCCCCUUUGGCCUCAAAAGCCGCCACGUCGCCCGCCAGAUCCGCCUCUCCCGCCGCGCCGUCCAGCUCAAUGCCCUCGACGGCCUGUCUUUUAUCAACACCCAGGCUCUCAUCUUUCUCGCCUUUGACUACAUGGGCAGUGGCCUGAUUGCCAAGGCGUGGCCCAUUGUGGCUGCCUUGACGCGGGAAGUCGUCUUUCUCCAGCUGACUGUCGAGCCAGACGAUGCCUCUGCUCGUCCAACGCCGCUCGUCAAGCCAGGUGCUCUCUUUGACGGUGCCCGUGACUGGACGGAAGCCGAGGAGCGUCGGCGAAUCUUCUGGGGCGUCUUCUUCCUGGACCGUAUCUCGUCCAUCUCUGCAGGAUGGCUGCCGAAUCUCACGGCAACCGAUGCACACCGGCGCCUCCCCUGCAGUGGCGGUUUCUGGGCCCGCGAAGAGACUGUUACGACACCGUACUUUGCCCUCUGGGACAGCCGAGAAAACGAAGGCGGCGGCAAAGCGAUAGGAAGCAUGGCCGCCCCAUCCACGAUCACCACCGCUUUCCACCAAUCCCCAGAAUACUACUACGGCAACACACACCAUCCCAUGGCAAGCCCCGUGACCGCCCGCGACGGCACGACGUCCUCGGGUCCGUCUGCCACAUCUGGCGGCGGCGGCGGUGGCUCUUCUUCGGCAUCGGCCGCCAACACCAACAAACUUGGCGCUCUCGCAUACUGUAUCGAGGCAACAGAGCACCUGAGCCAUGUCUCGGCGUUUUAUGCACGGCAACCGCCGCCGGCGCCUUCCCUGGGCGAAACUGUUACUGCUGCAGGGGCAGGGGCAGGUGUGGGCGCCGAAGACCGUGCCGCCAUGAACGCCUGGCUCACCCGCUUCAAGGAGCUCGAUCUGCGCCUUGUGCACUGGAAGAUGCACCUACCGCCACAGUGGGCGGACUGGCACGUCUCGCUCAAAAUCGACCCAAAUUUGACUCUGAGCCACCUGAGCCACCUCGCCAGCAUGAUCCUCCUCCACCAGCACAUCGCCUACCCACCGCCGCAAUGGUCCAGCCUUGUCCGCCCGAGCCUGCCCAGCGUCUGCAGUGCCGAAACGUGUGAGCAGGCUGUGGCCGACAUGGUGGCCAUCUCGCAAAAGUACCUGCGCUAUGUCGGCGGACUGGCCUGUGGGCAAUUUGCGUUCUGCCUCUUUGUGGCUGCACGGUUUGUCCUCGUACACGGCCGCAUCAGCAGGACGGCCUUGCCUGGCGGCGGUAGCGGCACGACGGCAUCGGGCGUGCCCACCUUGUCCUCAACAUCGUCUUCGUCGGCAGACGACACCCCGCCCUCCUUCUUUGCACUCCUCGAAAGUCUCGACAACAUAUCGGUGCGGUGGAAUGGGUACUGCGUUCCGGACGAAGAGGAGAGUGGCGACAGCAUGAACAAUACGACUGGCGAGCAAACCAGAGACAACGAUGGUGCGCCGCCUCCUGCUGAUGAGACCAAGCGCUGGCGGCAGCCGCUCGACCUCGCCGCCCUGUACGCCGCUCGGCUGCGGUCGCUGCACCAAAAGGCAACGUCCAUUGGUGCCGACAUCAACACCCCCUUGUUGGCCGUGGACGACAUGAUUGCGCUGCUGUCGACAUCCACAAUGGAGGGUCUUUUCAAGAUCAAGCCGUCUCCUCCUAAUACGCAUGAUGCGCUAGACGCCGCUGCUGCCGUGGGGGUUGCAGCGUCGACCUCGACGCCCUCGGGUCUUUCGUCCUCGGCGGCCUCCCACCUGCGCAGCCCCAGCGUGAUACAUGGCGGCGGUGUCGAGAUUGCGAGCAUCCUGCAAAACCCUGUUCCAGCGUCUGUGGCAAGUCGGACGCCCGCCAUGACGCCGAUGCCGGCCAUGACAUCCGUUGGCCCGUUGACGUCGCCAGUGAACAACGGUCCAGAUGGCAGCAUCAUGGGCUAUGGAAGUAUGCGCGGCGGACCCGUGUCGGCCAAUGUGUCGAAUGUGCGGAUGGUGCCCGGGACACCAGCGACAGCUGCCAACGUAUUCAACAUGGACAUGGUGGCACAGCAGCAUCCCCACCACCAACAUCCUCUACACCACCAGCACCAGCAGCAACAGCAGCAACAGCAACACCCACAUCAGCAACAUCAACACCAACCACCCCCACAGCAUCCGCACCAACACCCAAUUCAACCUCCACCCCCUCAAUACCCACAGCACCCGCAACAUACACAGCAACCACAGCAGCAGCAUCAACAACAACAGCAACCUGGAAUAGACGAGGAGGACGAGUUUGUGGCGAUGUCGCAUCUGCUGCUGGGCAACCAGUUUUUGGAUAUGGAACGUGUGAUGAUGCGCAACGACGCCAGUUUCUUACUGCGAUAA